AAAAGAUGUCAGGAAACAAUUCAACUACAGUAGGAACACUUAGAGGUGGUAAUCUACAAAAUCGUAAUUCUCAAAGAUCUACACUGUUAAAAGUGGUGAUACUGGGUGAUGGUGGUGUUGGCAAAUCUUGUCUAAUGAACAGAUUUGUAUCAAAUCACUUUGAUGAACAUAGUUUUCAUACAAUUGGAGUGGAAUUUUUAAACAAGGAUAUUGAAAUUAAUGGAGAGGCAUAUACAUUACAAAUAUGGGAUACAGCUGGACAAGAGAGAUUCAAGACUCUUAGAACUCCAUUUUAUAGAGGCUCUGACAUUUGCCUAUUAACUUAUGCAGUGGAUGAUAGGACAAGCUUUAAAAAUUUAGCACUUUGGAGAUCUGAAUUCCUUUAUUAUGCUGAUGUUCAAGAAGGAUCAACAUUUCCAUUUAUAGUUGUUGGAAAUAAAGUGGAUGUUCCAGAUUCUGAUAAGCAAGUUUCUACAGAAGAAGCUCAAGCUUGGUGUGCAGAAAAUGGAGAUCCUCCACUAGUAGAAACAUCUGCAAAGGAUGCAACCAAUGUUGAAGCAGCAUUUGGUGCAGCUGUUGCUGCUUGGGCACAACUUGAAGCUGGACUAGAAAGACCAUUAGUAGAGGAUACAGUUGACCUUUCUAAACAACAAUCUCCUCAUCGUUCAAGUUGUUGUAUGCCUGUGUCUGGUGCUGAGUCUAACAAAAUUAUUUGA